UCCAUACCACCGCAAGAUAGCAGUAGUGUGACGUCACGGAUGAGCCUAAAACCCCCAUCAAAGACGAAGAGAAGCACCAGACGCGAGACAAAGGGGGAAGGCGACGAGCUCCAAAACCUCGGAAAUGUGGAAGGAGUUGGUGAAGGAACGACUAAUGGCGGCGGCUGAUGAAGUGUUUGCAAGGUUCCAGAGAACGACGGCCUCGUACGAAGGGGAACCUUCUCGAACGAGAGUGAAAGAGUUGGUGAAGGAGCGACUAAUGGCGGCGGCCGAGGAGAUAUUGGCGCUGUUUGAAAGAACCGUAGCGUCCUACGAGGGGGAACUUUCUGGAACCAGAGACGAGAAGGAGCGACUUCGACAACAACUGGAAGCUGUUAGCAAGGAUGGAAGUGUGCCACGACUUGAAGGUAUUUUCUUCCUGUCGGGAAGAUCCCGUAGCUGCACGGAAGAAUCUAAAAUGUCACUUAUGGUUCCGGAGACGCAGACGGACGGCCGCCAUGUUGAUUUCACCUCAACAGCCAAUGGGAAUAUGAACGUCCAGCAGCUGGUUGGCUGUCAAGAAGAACGGGUGGGGUGCUGCACCUUGAUUAAAGAGGAACAGGAGGAUCUGUGGGUCACUCAGCAGGAGGAGGAGGCCGAUCUCACCAGGUUGCCUCUGACCGUCAUCCUCGUGAAGACUGAAGAGCCACCCGAGUCCUCACGUCGGUCGUGUGCUUCAGAUGUGCACCGGCUAAUUGGUCAUCGAGAAGAACGUCUACCUCAGCCGCAGUGUGGGUGCUCCGCCUUGAAGCAGGAAGAUGUCCAGCCUCCCCACGUCCCUGUGAAGAUAGAAGAUGAUGGAGAAGAACCACUCUCAGUCAAGCUCUCAGCUUCGCUGUCAGAUAGCGAACACACAUCACACUCUCCUGAGGAUGAGGAAGCUCCGAGCGGCGAUCCAGACUCUGAAGGAGAAACGAGGACUCACGCUGACAACAAACACUCGAAAAAGAAGAUGGGUAAAACGUGUUUGACCUGCUCGGUUUGUGCUAACAACUUUUUUCACCCGAGCAAACUGACCCGGCACAUGCGAAAACACACCGGGGAAAAACCCUUUAGCUGCUCCUUUUGUGGCUCAAAAUUUGCCAUGAGGUCCACUUUGAUGCGACACAUGAGAACACACACUGGAGAAAAACCUUUCAGUUCCUCCGUUUGUGACAGUAAAUUUGCUCACAGGUUCACACUGACGACACACAUGCAAACACACACUGGAGAAAAAGCCUUUAGUUGCUCCGUUUGCGGCAAAGGCUUCGCUCGAAAGUCACUUCUGGACUCACAUGUGAGAAUGCACACAGGAGAAAAACCUUUCAGUUGUUCAGUUUGUGGUAAAGGAUUCUCUCAUAGGUCAAAUAUGGCGUCACACAUGAGGACCCACACCGGAGAGAAACCUUUUAGUUGCUCAGUUUGUGAGGACCGAUUCACUCGAAAGUCGUGCUUGGUAUCACACAUGACUAAACACACUGGAGAAAAACCUUUUAGUUGUUCCAUUUGUGGGAAAGGAUUCUCUGAAAGGUCAAACAUAGCAUCACACAUGAGGACUCAUACGGGAGAAAAACCCUUUCAUUGUUCAGUUUGUGAUAAAGUGUUCUCGGAACGGUCAAACAUGGCGUCACACAUGAGGACCCACACUGGGGAAAAACCCUUCAGCUGCUCAGUUUGUGGUAAGAGAUUUUCUCAGAGGUCCACCAUGGCAUCACACAUGACAACGCACACAGGAGAAAAACCCUUUUAUUGCUCCAAGUGUAGCAAAAGAUUCUCUCACAGGUCAGGCAUGGUGUAUCACAUGAGGUCGCACGCAGGGGGAUCGGCCUCAGACAAGGACGAUCAUCUCCCUGAUGAUGCGUGAACCUCCAGCAUGACACCAGAACGUUGGCAUGAAAUGUGCGUAGAUGGCACGGGUAUUGUAAGCGACACGCAGUGUGUUGGUUCCUCCUUUGCUCUGCCGUAUGAAAGGUUGGAUGGAGAGAGAGUUUGUUGCUCAUCGCCAACCUGCAGCCACCGUCGAUGCUGCACUCAAUAUACCCUUCAUGCCGCCGAUAGCGCUCAUGUCCUCAUGCAUUCGAUACUUCGACAUCUACCGUCUUGUUGACCUGGCCGUGACGUUAAAAGGCAUCCGGCAGUGAGGCGUCAAACAGGGAGGUGGAGUUACCCAUCAUCGUCGUAUUCAUUAGUUCCCCAGUAACUACUCAUUAGUUCCUCAGUAACUAUUCAGUAGUUCCCCAAUAACUACUCAUUAGUUCCCAGUCACUACUCAUUAGUUCCACAGUAAGCACUCAUUAGUUCACCAGUAACUACUCAUUAGUUCCCCAGUAACUAUUCAGUAGUUCCCCAAUAACUACUCAUUAGUUCCCCAGUAACUACUCAUUAGUUCCUCAGUAACUAUUCAGUAGUUCCCAAUAACUAUUCAUUAGUUCCCUAGCAUCAGUAGCUACUCAUUAGUUUCUCAGAAACUGUUCAUUAGUUCCCCAGUAACUACUCAAUAGUACACUUACUGUAAUGACUGGGUCAGUCCCAAGAGCAGAGGGCUUUGUAGUACAGUAAUGUACAUGUAAUGCAUGAGUAUAUUGUGUAUGGAUAGUGUUACAACAGAAAUGAUGUAUUUGAAUGGCCAGAAUGUGUUUCUGUCUGGAAGUAAAAGCUGUUGAUCAUGUUCUACGCGA